CUCCAUUGAGUAUAUUACUAUGGUCAAGUUAAUCAACCUUUUCUACAUAACUCUCUCGGUCUUUCCUUUGGAAUAUUCCUUAGCGAAUUUCUACUCCAUUCUGUCUAGUAUGUAUAUAUGUAUGUGUCGGAGGGAAGAGGAUCGAAAUGGAGACGUAGGUUCCAUUGACCCCGCCUCGUACGACGUACUAAUGUAUCAUGGGAAUCCCAGUCGUCAGGUAUAGUAUCGUACAA